AUGCAAGGACACACAAUUUGGGUGAGUUUAGCCUUAACAUGGCUUUUCUGCUCUGCAUCACAUGCGGAUGAGGAAACCAGGCUUCAAUGUGAUGAUCCAAAUGUACAAGAUAUUGUGGCUUCAGUUCUUUUAGCACACAAUAAAGAGUUAACUGAAGGAAACCAUCUGGCUCUGUAUCAAAUCCUUGAGGCUGCAAAGGCCAAGAAUGAAUCAGGGGAAGUUCUCUCACUACAUUUUACUGCAAGGGAAUCUGACUGUGCAGCAGGAGGAGAAAAACCCUGGCAGGAAUGCAACUACCUGCAAGAUUCCUCAAAGCUGCUCAGACAUUGUCGUGCAAAAGUCCUGCUGAAAGAAACAAAUGAGAUCUUUGAACAUCACUGUUCAGUGGAGCCCCCUAUCAUUGCAGAGCCACGUCCUCCGUGCCUGGGCUGCCCUGAGAAUAUAGAUUUGGAUAGUGAGGACAUUAAGGAGCCUCUGAGUUACUCCAUUUCCAAAGCCAACCUACUGAACAAGCACACGCAUCAUUUCAUCCUCAACUCUGUCGCCUGGGCCACAAGACAGGUGGUAGCCGGAUUCAGAUAUCGGAUUCAGUUUGACUUGCAGAAAAGUAACUGCACGAAAGAAGACUUUAAGGACAUUACUGAGGAGUGUCACCCAGACCCCCUAGAACAGACAUUCAUCAACUGCAACUCGACUGUGGAUGUGGCCCCGUGGAGACAUGAGCUUCCUGACCCUAGUGUGAACUGUGAACAUGGACCUUUACAAACAGGCUUUGUAAUACGCAGACGUCCUCCUGGCUGGAGUCCACUGAGGAACAUUCAUAACUUUCAGGUCAAACCUAAAAAAGAGGAAUCAUCUGAAGAAUCUCAGGAGAAAAAACCACUGAGUGUCGUUCCUACAAAAAGCCCAAACCCAAGUACAGAUCCUGUGCCCUCUCAGCCUGAAGCUGUGGUGCUCACACCUAAUAACACUUCCUUUAACUGUCCCAGCAAACCAUGGAAAGUUUUUGUUCUCAAAAUUGCUCCUCCUCCUCCUCCUGCUCCUCGUCCUGAUUCUAAUGACCCGGUGCAGCAUGGCUUCACAGAUAGCAGUCUGACAUAA